AAAAGUACACCCAAAAAAACAAUAAUGCAACUGGAAAAUCCUGUACGCGUACGGUAGUUUUACAUCAUGAUUAUGAAAAAUUGUUGUUUCAAAUUUUACACAAUUUUUUUAGGUAAAUGGUAAAUAGAUCGUUGCCAGAAAAUUAAUUCUGGAAUCAAGCUGACAAAAAAAAAAUUAUUUAUUGGUUUUUAGUACUCAAAAUGAUAAUAAAUGUAUGUUACCGUUCUGGAGAUAUUUAAUGAAAAACAUCGGAAUGUACGCGAAAUUAAAUCUUGAGUUUCAAACCGAUAAAAUAAGACCGUUACACGUUAAGACAAAAGAUGAGCGCGACACGUUAAGACAAAAAUCACUGUCGUGAUCAGAUUUCUUUCUUUCCAUGUCUCAGACUCUCAGUCGGAUAUAGCUCACGUUUACAUAAAUUCUUCUCAAUCCGACUACAAGUUCCCUUUUUCGUUUUGUCUCUCAUCAACCAAUGCUUCAGGAAUCCAAAAAGGAAAUCGCAUCUCUACAAUCAGAGGAGAAAAAGCUCUCGAGAUUAAAAGAAACUGCUAAAACACGGAAUGAGGGAGCGAUUGGUCGGCAACUGAUCCGGCUAAGGAGCAGACAGCUAACUUACAAGGUAGCCGAGCUCAAAUGCGAGGCUUGGCUACUCAUAGACAGGCUAAAGCAUGCACAUGCUUCGGUUGGUACAGAAAUCCAAGGUGCCACUAAGGCAAUGGCAGCUAUGAGCAAGCUAAACAGGCUAAGGUUAUGAGAGAAUUCCGAAAACAGUGCACAAAUAGACAUGGUUGUAAGUUGUAACAAUCCAUCUUUUCUUUUCCCUUUUAUUUUCGGAAUUUAGAAUUUAAUUCCCAAUAUUUUCACAAAUAAAGGUAUUAACAGUACAAAAUAUUUUUAGAUUUAGAACUAAAUUAAAUAUAUUCUCAAAUAAAGGUAUUUUUAACUUUACACAUUUUGGAUUUUAAAAUAAAGGUAUUUUAAAUUUAUAAAAUAUUUUAGUUUCGAAAAAAGUGUAGGUGAUAUAAAUAAAAUUCAAUACCUUGAAAACAAACCAAACUUUUGCACUCUAUCCAUAGAAUUUUCUAUAUUCAGUUAGAGGGAUACAUGUGUUUAAAUGUUUUUAUAUUGUGUAAUUAUGAUACUUGCACUAAGUUUCUAUAAAAUAUAUUUAUUUAAUUAAAAUUUUUAAACAAAUAUUAAAUUUUCAACUAAUGUGAAAACAAAUUGCAUUUUACAUCUUGUCCUUAUAUUUUCUUUGAUCCGUUAGAGAUGUAAAAGUUUAGUUAGUUUACACUUAGGUUAUAAAUUUAACAUUUAUUUGAGAACAAUAAAGUGGUUUAUCAAUUUUCAGAUUUAUAAAACAUUAUAUAUUUUUGUGACCAAUAGAUUGUGAAAUAUUUUUAUUUGAGAACAAUCUAAA